AAGAAAUUGAAUUAGAGAAAGUAGAUCAAAGAAAAGAAAGAAGAAACUUUGAGAUAAUUAAAAAUGGAGUUUUGUUGCCAAGAUUUCAAGGUGGGAAAAUGCGGAGGGCAAAAGGUGGUGGACGGAGAGAGCAUGCCGCUAGUGUUGAACCCUGCGGAGCCAUGCGAGAAGAGGGUGGAUUCAUUGGUGGAAGCCCUGGAGAAGAACAAGGAAUGGUUUGAGAAGAUGAUCAUCAAGAACAGUGCUGUUCUUCUCCGGGGGUUUAACGUUGAGAAUGCCAAACACUUCAAUGAUAUCAUUGAGGUCCUCGGAUGGGAAGACAUCCGCUACGUCGGACCGGCGCCGAGGACUCAUGUCUACAAGAGGGUUUGGACGGCCAAUGAAGGCCCCCUCUCUGAGUUCAUCUACUACCACCAUGAAAUGGUCCUUUUCAAGGAAAGCCCAAAGAAAGUGAUACUGUUCUGUGAAGUGCCGCCGCCGGAAGGCGGGGAGACGCCCUUCGUUCCGAGCUUUAGGAUAACAGAGAGGAUGGUGGAGGAGUUUCCAGAAGCUGUGGAGGAAAUGGAGAAGAAGGGACUCAGAUAUACAUUCUCUGCUCCCAGCAAAAGUGAUGUUGCUUCAAUGAGAGGUCGAGGAUGGGAGGACGCUUUUGGAACCUCAGAUCCCGUAGAAGCUGAAAAACGGGCAAAUGCGCUGGGAAUGGAGGUGGAGUGGCUGCCGAAUAAUGGGAUGAAGACGAUCUUGGGGCCUCGGUCACUGACUCGGGUGUUCGAGGGGAGAAAAGGGCGGCGGAUGUGGUUCAACACGGUGGUGGGGAUGCACGGGAAGGAAAUCAGCUCUGCAACAAUGGCGGACGGGAGUGAGAUAGAUGCUGGUGUGGUAAAGAGAUGUGGAGAGAUCAUUGAAGAUGAAAGCAUUCAGUUCAAGUGGGAGAAAGGAGAUGUUCUCUUCCUUGAUAACAUGGCUCUCUUCCAUGGAAGAAGACCAUCUCUUCCACCAAGAAAAGUUCUCGUUGCUACCUGCAAAUAACUUCAACCAUAUUCCGGCCACUUUUAUAUAUGUCAUUCACAAAUAAUACAUUGUAACCCGACAACCUCAAUUAAGUUGUCUCGAUAACUAAAACAUUAUCAGUUAAUUAUGGACAACUUUAGACUGCAUGUUUA